GUUGACUCAGCCUUCCAUCCUUCCGAGAGGUGACCAAACCAACCAGCCAUCAAGAUGAGUGACUCCAAGUAUUUCACCACCACCAAAAAAGGGGAAAUAUUUGAACUGAAGGCUGAACUGAACAGCGACAAGAAGGAGAAGAAAAGGGAGGCUGUGAAGAAAGUGAUUGCCUCCAUGACGGUUGGGAAGGAUGUCAGCGCUCUUUUCCCGGAUGUGGUGAACUGCAUGCAGACAGACAACCUGGAGCUGAAGAAGCUGGUCUACCUGUACCUGAUGAACUAUGCCAAGAGUCAGCCAGACAUGGCCAUCAUGGCAGUCAACACCUUUGUUAAGGACUGCGAAGAUCCGAACCCCCUCAUCCGAGCCCUGGCCGUCCGCACGAUGGGCUGCAUUCGUGUCGACAAGAUCACCGAGUAUCUUUGCGAGCCGUUGCGGAAGUGCCUGAAGGACGAGGACCCCUACGUGCGCAAGACGGCCGCCGUCUGCGUGGCGAAGCUGCACGACAUCAAUGCCCAGCUGGUGGAGGACCAGGGUUUCCUGGAUACUCUGAAAGACCUCAUUUCAGACUCCAACCCAAUGGUGGUUGCCAACGCAGUCGCCGCCCUCUCUGAGAUAGCCGAAUCCCACCCCAGCAGCAACCUGCUUGACUUGAACCCGCAGUCCAUCAACAAGCUGCUGACCGCUCUGAACGAAUGCACCGAAUGGGGCCAGAUCUUCAUCUUGGAUUGCCUGGCUAAUUACAUGCCCAAAGAUGACCGUGAAGCUCAGAGCAUCUGUGAGCGGGUGACUCCCAGGUUGUCCCACGCCAACUCAGCCGUGGUCCUUUCCGCCGUGAAGGUGUUGAUGAAGUUCACGGAGAUGCUGUCCAAAGAUCUAGAUUAUUACGGGACUUUGCUGAAGAAGCUGGCUCCCCCUCUGGUCACUCUGCUCUCGGCGGAACCGGAACUGCAGUACGUGGCCCUUCGUAACAUCAAUUUGAUUGUGCAAAAAAGGCCUGAAAUUCUCAAGCACGAGAUGAAAGUCUUCUUUGUGAAGUACAACGACCCCAUUUACGUCAAGCUGGAGAAGCUGGACAUUAUGAUCCGCCUGGCCUCCCAGGCCAACAUUGCACAGGUGCUCGCUGAGUUGAAGGAAUACGCAACCGAAGUGGAUGUGGAUUUUGUCAGGAAAGCUGUCCGGGCUAUCGGCCGAUGCGCCAUUAAGGUUGAGCAAUCCGCCGAGCGCUGUGUGAGCACGUUGCUGGAUCUUAUCCAGACCAAGGUCAACUACGUGGUGCAGGAAGCGAUUGUGGUUAUCAAAGACAUUUUCCGCAAGUACCCAAACAAGUACGAAAGCGUGAUCGCUACCUUGUGUGAGAACCUGGACUCCCUCGACGAACCGGAAGCCAGGGCCGCCAUGAUCUGGAUCGUGGGAGAAUAUGCCGAGCGCAUCGACAACGCGGAUGAGCUGUUGGAGAGUUUCUUGGAGGGCUUCCAUGAUGAAAGCACCCAGGUCCAGCUUCAGCUGCUGACGGCCAUUGUGAAGCUCUUUCUGAAGAAGCCCACCGAGACGCAAGAGUUGGUGCAGCAGGUGUUGAGUCUGGCCACGCAGGAUUCGGAUAACCCAGACUUGAGAGACCGGGGCUAUAUCUACUGGCGCCUUCUCUCCACGGAUCCCGUGGCAGCCAAGGAAGUGGUCCUGGCCGAAAAGCCUCUCAUAUCCGAGGAGACCGACUUGAUCGAGCCCACCUUGUUGGAUGAGUUGAUCUGCUACAUCGGCACGUUGGCCUCGGUCUACCACAAGCCCCCCAGUGCGUUUGUGGAGGGGAGCAGGGGCAUUGUCCAGAAAAGCCUCCCACCCCGCACAGGCUCCAGCGAGAGUGCCGAGAGCCCAGACCCGGUGUCCGCCGGAGUGCCGCCUUCGGAGCAGCCGGCCGUCAUCCCCACCCAGGGGGAUCUCUUGGGGGAUCUGUUGAACCUUGAUCUUGGGCCCCCGGUCAGCAGCCCUCCCGUUGCUACCUCGUCGGUGCAGAUGGGAGCCGUCGAUCUUCUUGGUGGGGGCUUGGAUAGUCUGAUGGCAGGGCCGAGUUUUGCAGCUCCCAAUACCGUCAUGCCCUCAAACCUGGGAGGACUCCUCGGCGGGGGGCUGGGAGACCUCUUCGACCUGGCCGGAGGUGUGAGCAACCUGUCGGGCUCCCACGUCGCUCCCAAAACCGUGUGGCUCCCUGCAGUAAAGGCCAAAGGCCUGGAAAUCUCAGGAACGUUCAGUCGCCGGGCUGGUUCCCUCUCCAUGGACAUCACGUUGUCCAACAAAGCCUUGCAGGUCAUGUCGGAUUUUGCCAUCCAGUUCAACCGGAACAGCUUCGGUUUGGCCCCUGCUGCCCCUCUGCAAGUCCACACCCCUCUCGCCCCCAACCAGAACGUGGAGAUCUCUCUUCCCCUCAACACCGUCGGUUCAGUCAUGAAGAUGGACCCCCUGAAUAAUCUCCAGGUGGCUGUGAAAAAUAAUAUUGAUGUCUUCUACUUCAGCACCCUGUAUCCUCUGUACAUUCUCUUCGUGGAAGACGGGAAAAUGGAACGGCAGAUAUUCCUGGCCACGUGGAAAGACAUUCCCAACGAGAACGAGGCCCAGUUCCAAAUUAAAGACUGUCCGCUUAGCGCAGGUGAGACAAGAAUAAGGCUACGCCGAUCCUUUCCAGCUGUUAGAAACGUCUGUCUUGAAUACGGAUGGAAUCUGAGCCCAUUGCACAGAAUGGGCUGUUCCAGCCAGACCCGCAAAUGGUUUUGAAUUUAAGAAAUAAAA